AUGGGUCUCAUCGACCACCCGCUCACGUUCAUCGUCGCUGGCGCGCUCCUCUCCUACAUCGUCUUCUCUCGUGUUCAGCUAUAUCUUAAUCGCCGCAAUUUCAUCAGUCAACAUGGCUGCGAACCGUGUCCGAAGCGCUAUAAUAAAGAGCCCAUUCUAGGCUGGGAUGUCAUCAAGGAAAAUAUCGUCAACAAAAAUGAACGCAAGAUGCUCGAGCGCAACCAGGAGCGUUUCCGUCAAAUGGGCGUCAACACAUACCUUACUAGGAUGCUGCACAUGCCUAUGAUCACCACAUGCGAGCCUGAGAACAUAAAGACCAUUCUGAGUCUCAGGUUCAAGGACUACAGCUUCGGAAAUCGCUACCUGGCGUUUGCGCCGCUGCUCGGCGAUGGCAUCUUCAACAGUGAUGGCGAGAAGUGGCAGAACAGCAGGCACCUUCUCAGGCCCAAUUUUGCGCGCGAUCAGAUUGCGGACCUGGAGGCUUUCGACCGUCACUUCAAGCUCAUGCUCAAGCACAUUCCCAGAGACGGGUCUACGGUCGACCUGCAGGACUUAUUCUUUAAGCUGACUAUUGACUCUGCAACCGAAUUUCUCUUCAACCACUCAACAGACUCGCUGCGUAUGAGCGAAGACGACACAGAAAACGAAGAUGCCAUCUUCGCCCGCGCUUUCCAAUUCGCGCAAGACGACAUCCUUACCCGCCUUCGAUGGAACGCUCUCAACUUCCUCCGAUCAAACAAGGAGGGCGAAGACGCACUAAAGAUAUGCCACACUUAUGUGGACAAGUUCGUCGAGCAGGCGAUUCGGGAGCGCCAAGCGGAGAAAGCCGCCGGUAUGCCUGAAGAUGACCGAUAUAUCUUCAUCAAGGAAUUGGUCAAGCAGACGGACGACAAAGAGCGGAUCCGCAGCGAGUUGAUGAACAUCCUCCUUGCGGGGCGUGACACCACAGCCAGUCUGCUCAGCAACAUGUUCUUCCACCUCGCUCUCCGCCCAGACAUUUGGGCGAAGCUGAGGGAAGAGGUAGCACCUUUGGAAGGCAGACUGCCUACCUACGAGGAGCUGAGGAACAUGAAGUAUCUCAAAUGGUGCUUGAACGAAUCACUCCGCACUCACCCCGUGGUUCCUGGCAACUCCCGCUAUGCUGUCAAAGACACUGUCCUUCCCAUUGGCGGCGGCGCCGAAGGCAAGGCUCCUUUGUUCGUUCCCAAAGGCACCAUUGUGACGUACUCACCGUAUACCAUGCAUCGCCGCACCGAUUUCUACGGACCCGACGCAGCCGAGUACAAGCCCGAGCGCUGGGAGAACCUCCGCCCUGGCUGGGAGUACCUGCCUUUCAACGGAGGACCGCGCAUCUGCCUGGGCCAGCAGUAUGCGCUCACCGAGGCGAGCUUCGUCACAGUUAGGCUUCUGCAGGAGUUCAGCAAGAUCGAGAGCAGAGACCCGAACGGAGGUAAGUGGCAAGAAGGCCUCACGUUGACGGUGUGCUCUGGCAACGGUGUCAAGGUUGGUUUGACUCCUGCGUGA